GCCACUCUGUUAGGAACAAGGAACAUCAGUAGCUUCGCUGGUGCUAUUAACACUAAUGGCACAUUAGCGCAAAGACAGGGCUGCAUACGGCGAGUUGCGUCUUGCUUGGCAGUUAACGUUCGUUGGCGUGGGAAACGGCGGUUCUAGUGCUAAACCGCUACCGAAAAGACUAUAAAAGCUGCGCCGACAAAAUAAAAGCGCCCAGUCAGGUUCUAAAUCAUAACCUUUUGUUUUGACUAUCGGUCCAGCUCCGUAUGGGACAGCUUCUGGGUACGGACCCGGACCGCGGUCCGCCUGGCCUCUGCUCUAAGGCUUUACUCCCGAGCAUGUGUUACUGCAUUACCGAAACUGAAUGUUUGGUGUACACAUUUUUUUUCUUCAAUAAAGUUGAUUGUAAUAAAAGUUUUUAUCCGUGUUUAGUUGCAUUGUCUUAGCAAGUUCACUUCUUUUUCCGUCCAUGUAAUUUUCAAUGUGGUGACGUAAUCCAUCUAACAAGUUCGAAUCGCGUGGCUGCCUUGGCCGCGUUCUAAGACUGAUGACGCCAGUGUACACGUAAUUUAGAACGCGAGCGCUCACUACCCAUUUCGAGUAUUCCACGGGUUAGUUACGGAUCGCGCUUCUCUUCUGGUGAAAUCAUGUCUGUCAGUGAACCUUCCCGCGCUCAGAUGGCAUCGGAAGUGCCUGAGAUUCUGGUAGAUCCCAAGACAUUAAGGUCCUACGGCAGGGAUGAGCUUUUGGGACAGGGCGCUUGUGGCAAAUGCUAUAAGAUGACCGAUCUUGAAACUGGCGACACCUAUGCUGUUAAGGUCAUCCGGCUAUAUUCCUGGGGAGUGGAGGAGGUCUGUGAAGAAGUACAGAUUUUAAAAACACUGCGGCACAAGAAUGUGGUGGGGUUCUCCCACUCUUUCGAAGAUGACAAAUUCAUGUAUAUUUUCAUGGAGUUGUGCAGUGGGCAGACACUCGGUGACAUUUUAAAAGCUCGGGGGACUUUGACUGAGCCCGAAGUGCGAUACUACAUUAACCAGCUGAUUUCAGGGUUAACAUACAUCCACCGGCAAGGUUACGUCCACAGGGACAUCAAGUUGGAAAAUUUAUUUAUCAAUGACCAAAUGGAACUGAAAAUUGGGGAUUUCGGACUGGCGGUCAAGCUGAAGCCGAGGGAGAAAGAAGUGUGUGGUACUCCCGUCUACAUGGCUCCAGAAGUGUGGAAACGAGAGGGCCAUGGAACGGAAGCGGACGUCUGGGCACUGGGCUGUGUCAUGUACCAGCUUCUGGUUGGGGAAAUCGCAUUCUACGCUGACGAUUACUGGGAGAUGCUCAAGAAUAUAAAGGAAGCCAAAUUUAUUCUACCGCAGAAUCUCUCUAUUGAAGCUGGGAAACUGAUGGGCAAGAUAUUUAGAAUCGACCCACGGGAUCGCCCGUCACUAUUGAAUGUCCGUCGCCACAAGUUCUUCACAAAGGGCUUCACUCCAAAGGCACUGCCAGCUAGUAGCUGCAAUACACCACCACAGCAUAAAGCAGUCAACCCAUUCAAAAAGAUUUUCAACCGUUUCAUGCGCCUGAUACGAAAAAAGCGAUCCAGAGUUGAGCCUUUACGGGAGGAUGCCGAGCAGAGUGGACUUGAGAUCCCCCAGCCUGUGGAGUCACUCCGUGUUCUAGAGGAUGUCAACAGACCAAUGAACAAAUUGACCUGGUCCAGUUGGUCAAAGUGGUUGAGGGACCUGUAGGCAGGCUGUACUCAGCAAGUGCAGUGACGCCCCACACCUGAGUGCCUCCCCCAGCUCCCUGUCCACUCCUGUUUCAAUAAAGUUCUUUUGUGUUUCAAG